CACAAAUAGUCAUUUCUCAUUCAAUGGAGUUUCAAGCAUGGUGAAGGAAGUCUAAGCACGGCGUCCUUUCUUAUUGACUUUCUUCUAUUGUAAUCGGUUUAGGUAGGAUUCAAGUAGUGUGAAUCCUCUUAAGUCUUCUUUCUCUUUCUUUUGUGUGUGAAUCCUCGUAAUCUUCUUUCUCUUUUCUUUAUCUAUAUAUUUACUCAUUCAUGUAAAGGUUUCAUACCAUUCAAUACAAAGAAAAUUUGCACCAUCAGUUUGUGUUUUUCCACAGAUUUAGUCGCGUCUAAUUAUCACUGCGCGGUUCUCUCUCUAUCUUCCAUGAUUUACUUUCCUACACUGUGGCCAUUCACUCUUCAUUUUUCACAGUGGUUUCCUCUGCAACUAGCUUUCAUUUCCUCUUCCAGUUUUCACAGUUUACCGUGGCCCUGGACCUUAAUUUUCGAUCUUGGUGGUUUCCAAUGGAUUUGAGCACCUCCCCAUCUCUUGGUUGGGCUGAAUCACCUCCCCGUUGGACAUUCGACAUCUUCUUGAGUUUCAGGGGUGAAGACACCCGCAGGGGUUUCACCUCCCAUUUAUACCGCGAACUGGAGCUCUGGCAAGUAUUCAAGACUUUCAAGGACGACCGAGCGAUUGAAAUUGGAGCUAGUAUCUCUCCGAAGCUUGUCAGCGCAAUCGAACAAUCACAUCUCGCCAUAGUUGUUCUCUCACCGAACUAUGCUUCUUCCACUUGGUGCUUGGAUGAGCUUGCGAAAAUUAUUGAGUCCAUGGAAACGGGAGAUGAGAGAAUUCUGCCUGUUUUCUUUGAUGUGGAUCCAUCGGACGUUCGACAUCAAAGAAGCAGCUUUGCUGAAGCCUUUGCUAAGCAUGAAGUAAAGUUCAGUAACGACACAGAGAAGGUGAAGAGGUGGAGAGCAGCUUUAAGAGAAGUGGCAGAUCUCACCGGAUGGGAUCCAAAGGAAUAUAAAUCUGAAAGUGAGCUUAUUGAAGUCAUUGUCAAACGUGUGUGGGAGAAAGUGCUUCCUACGAUCGCAUUGUCAUAUCCCAUAGACAAGUUAGUUGGAAUUGAUUUUAGACUCAGGCAAAUGCGUUUGCUUUUAGCUGCUGAGGAAAAAGAUGUUCGAUUUAUAGGAAUAUGGGGUAUGGGUGGAGUGGGUAAGACUACCCUUGCUAGGCUAGUGUUCGAGAAAAUUUUCCAUCAUUUUGAUGUGGCUGAGUUUCUUGUUGAUCAUGGUCCACUAGUCAAUCUUCAUAAACAGGUUCUUUCCCAAAUCUUGAAGGAAAAUAUUUCACAUGUUUGGGAUGAAUACAAAGGAACCUGUUUCAUUAGAAAAUGCCUGUCUAAUAAAAAGGUUCUUCUUGUUUUUGAUGAUGUUGAUAGUUGUGACCACCUAGAAAAAUUGGCCGGACAUAAAUCUUGGUUUGGUGAGGGAAGUAGAAUCAUAGUUACAACUAGAGAUAAACGUCUACUCACCGAGUGUGGUAUAGAAUUAUCAUUUGAGCUAGUGCGGUUAAAUGACAAUAAUGCUCUUGAGCUCUUUAGUCACAAAGCCUUCAAAAAAGAUCAGCCAGUGGAAGAGUUUUUAGAGCUUUCCAAGUGUUUUGUAGAUUAUGCCAAAGGGCUUCCAUUAGCUCUUAAAACUCUGGGAAGUUCUUUGUAUCAGAGAAAUCUAGAGGAAUGGAAUAGUAUAUUGGAGUCACUAAAGAGAAUUCCUAAUCCAACAAUUUUUGACUCUCUCAAAUUAAGUUAUGAUUCCCUGAAUGAUUUGCAACAGAAGAUUUUCUUGGACAUUGCGUUCUUCUACAAGGGGGUGGAGAAGGGGCGAGUUAUUCAACUGCUAGAAUAUUGUUAUGGCUUUAAUAUUAUUAUUGUGAGAAAUGUUCUUAUCGAGAAAUCUCUCUUAAUCAAAUGUUGGGAUGCAUGGUUUGAUACAAGAAAUGGCAUGGGAAAUUGUUCGUCAAGACUGUCGUGAGGAGCCUGGUCUUCGCAGCCGUUUGUGUCAUCGUAAUGACAUUUUCCAUGUAUUCACGAAAAAUACGGGAACAGAAGUAAUCAAAGGCAUACGGUUAUGUUUACCUCAUUUAGAAGAGGCAGAUUCAAGCUGGAAUUGUGAAUGCUUCUCUAAGAUGCUCAAACUAAUGUUUCUUGAAUUUGAUAAUUUAAUAAUUAGUUCAGGCCCCAAAUUCCUUGAUAAUUCUCAAAUGGAAUAGGUAUCCUUCCAAAUCUCUUCCAGCUAGAUUCCGGCCAAAUAUGCUUGCUGAACUGAAGAUGCGAAGAAGCAAUCUUGUCCUGCUUUGGGAUGGAAGACAGUGAGUCCAAAAACUUGAAGGAGACCCCAGAUUUCACAGGUAUUCCGAAUCUUGAGAGAUUGAAUCUUGCAAAUUGUGACGGUUUAGUUAAGAUCCAUCCAUCCAUUGCAGUCCACAAAAAGCUUAAAUGGCUGAUACUUC